AUGCAAGCUGAAAAUGAGGCCAUCAAGAUCCCUGAAAAUAUUCUGAUUGACACCCACUUUGGUUUUAUUUUUUCAUUUUUGCCUUUUGAUGUUAUUUCAUUUUUAACGCUAUAUCACUUCUAUUUGUCUGUCUUCUUAUUUCUUUGCUUAUUCUGUUUUUUUUUUCUUCUUAUUCUUUGUCUCCUUUUCUCUUUCUUUUUAUAUUCCCCCCCUUUCAUUUACCUUACUUCAUUUUCUUUGCCAUCCUCUUUCUUUUUUUUGUUUACUCUUCCUAAUAUUUUAUAUUUCUUUUGUUCUUCUGUUAAUCUUUCACUCUCAUUUUUUCUUUCUAUUUCUCCUUUUCUGCAUCAUUCUCUCUCUCUCUCUCUUUUUUUUAUUAGCCGCCUUCUCUCUUAUACAUUUUUUAUUUUUUUCUAUCUUUUCUAUAGAAUUCAAUACACUGUCAUUUCUUUUUCCGCAGCUUUUGUUUUUCUUUGCUAUAAUCACAUUUUUAUUAGCUUUCUUCUCUUUUCUUCCUCAGAUAAUCCUAUUUUUAUUAGUCUUCUUUUUUAUUCCACAGAUAAUUGCAUUUUUAUAAGCUUUCUUCUAUUUUCUCCUUCAGAUAAUCCAAUUUUUAUUAGCCUCCAUGUCUUUUCUUUCUCAGAUAAUCCCAUUUUCAUUAGCCUUCUCUUUUCUUCCUUAGAUAAUCUAAUGUUUAUUAGCCUUCUUCUCUCUAAUAUUUUUUUUAUUUCUAUCUUUCUUUUGUUCUCUUUUCCCUUUUCCUCAUCUUACUCUCCUUUUGUCUUUGUCAAUCUUUCUCUAUUUUACACUUUCUUCAUCUUAUACGUAUUUCUUUUCACUUCUUUUGUUAAUCUUUCACCAUACUCUUUUUUCUUCUUUUUACAUCUUUCAAAAUUCCCCACUCUCUAUCAUUUUCCAAUUUCUCUUUUCUCUUUUCUCUUACAGAUAAUACAUUUCUUUAUAUUCUUUAUUAGUCUUCCUGUCUCUAAUAAUAAUUUUUUUCUUUCUAUCUUUCUUUCGGUUUUAUAUGGAUCAACAAUUUUUUUUCUUUCUUACUUCCCUAUAGAAUUCACUACUUUGUAUUGUUUUUAA